UCUAUUUUCGCUCUAGAGUCGGAGGGAAGUCUUUGUUCUUCACUUCUCCAGUUGCGGCUGCUACUUACUUCCACUUCAUAAAAUAACACGCACUGUACGAGUUGCAGUUCUUCUACCCAUGGAAGUUUGGAAACGGAGAAAACUUUAGCGAUUAUAAAACCAGACGGAUUGCUUGGUAACUACACAGAUGAUAUCAAGAGAACAAUUGUAGAAUAUGGUUUCAGAAUUUAAAAGGAAAAAGAUGGUUCAACUUGAUGAGGCCACUGUGAAAUUUUUUUAUGCUGAGCACUCUUCAAAAAGCUUCUUUUCAAGCCUUAUAAAAUACAUGACAAGUGGACCAGUGUUAGUUAUGGUCUUGGAGAAGGAUAAUGCUAUUGCUGAUUGGCGUGCUUUAAUGGGCCCUACUGAUGCAAGCAAGGCUAAGAUUACUCACCCUCACAGUAUCAGAGCAAAAUCUGGAUUGGAUGUGGAAAAGAAUUGUGUUCAUGGUUCAGACUCUCCCAAGUCUGCGCAAAGAGAGAUACCAUUUUUCUUCAAAGAGCUCUCUGCAGAUGUGAUUGCAGAGCAUGAUGAAUUGUAGCUGCUACAAGUUUGAAGCACAAACACAACUUUAUUUGUAUUUUUUGUGAGGGUCGCUACAGUUAAUUGUAGCAUGAUGAAUUAUACAAGGGAAAUGCUUGUUUAUUGGAGAGAAAAAAAUUGUAUGAAAUGGCACCAAAAUUAUCUAUUCAACUUUUUGUCCGAUCACUUUAUAUAUUUUCAAUACUACACUCAUGUUCUUCUUAAUUUUUCAA